AUGUGCUUCGUUAUUGCCGUAUUAUUCUGCUUGGACAUUUAUACUUUCAGCCUCAAUACAUCCAGAAUGGAAGAUGACAGUUUAUACAAACUUUUCCAGGAGCUACCAAGCCGCCGCAUAGUACUCCUCGAAGAUGUCGAUAAUGCUGAAAUUGGUCAACCUCUCCACCCUGAAGACAGCAAAAGUGAGGAAGUGCUGGAAUUCUCUGAGAAUCAGAACUCUCUCCAGAGUGGUGUUUCUCUAUCAGCCCUUUUGAAUUUUUUAGAUGGAGUUGGAGCACAGGAGGGGCGGAUUCUCAUCAUGACAACCAAGCAUCCAGAAAAUCUCGAUGCUGCUUUGACCCGCCCUGGCUGGGUGGACAAAGAGUAUUCCUUUGGCUAUACCGACAAACACUGUGUCGAAAGUACAUUUUUUAAUGACGGUUCCGCUAGCUUCAAAUCGUGCAUCGCAGCCAACAAGCUCAAGGACCAGCCGGCUGGAGCCAUGGCAAACGAAACAAUUCGAGACCUUUCUAUCGAAUUUGCCAACUUGGUCCCAGAGGGACCGUUCAAAGCAGCUGAAAUCCAGAACUACCUCCUGAAUCGCAAGAAUGACUCCUAUAUGGCUGUUAAGGAGGUCGGCAGGACGGACAGUAGAUGCUUGACGAGCAAGGAGUUCCAAGGAAGAGCUAUAAAGCCAAUUUCGUAG